UUACUUUAGGAAACAAAGAAUCAAAAACACAAACAUUUCCCGAGGAAUAUGAAUUCCGGGGAUUCCCAGAAAAUCCCCCAUUUAUUUCACUCCAAGAUCUCAAAAACCAGAGAAGAAGAAGAAGAAGAAAACUUCCCUGAGAGACGGAAAGAUGUGGGAACCAAUCUGUUUGACAUUAGCAGCAACAGCAGGGAAUAAUAUUGGGAAAGUUUUGCAGAAGAAAGGAACUGUUAUUCUUCCUCCUCUUUCUUUGAAGCUCAAGGUUGUGAAGGCAUAUGCAUUCAAUAAAGCUUGGAUUAUAGGUUUUCUUAUGGAUAUAUUUGGGGCUCUAUUGAUGUUAAGGGCUUUGUCCCUAGCUCCGGUUUCUGUUAUUCAACCAGUUUCCGGGUGUGGACUUGCCAUACUUUGUAUCUUUUCCCAUUUUUAUCUAAAGGAGGUCAUGAAUGCUAUUGAUUGGGUGGGGAUUGUUCUAGCAGGUGUCGGAACUAUAGGUGUAGGUGUUGGAGGAGAGGAGCAAAAGGCUUCAAGCAUAGAUAUCUUCCAUCUGCCUUGGCUGGUUGUCAUUAUUGCUAUCUUGUUUGUGCUCCUUAAUACAUGGCUUCGCAUCUGCAAACGCCAGCGUAGAGAACAAGAGUUGAUGCAAUCUGAUGUCGUGGAAGAAAUUAUAUUUGGCUUGGAAUCUGGCAUAUUAUUUGGAAUGGCUUCUGUGAUAUCUAAGAUGGGAUUUGUAUUUUUAGAGCAAGGCUUCUCCCAGAUGUUGGUUCCUGUGUGCUUAUUAAUCAGUAUCUGCUGUAGUGGCACCGGAUUUGUUUACCAGACGCGGGGUUUAAAACAUGGGAGAGCUAUUGUGGUCUCAACAUGUGCUGCUGUCGCAUCCAUUGUGACUGGUGUACUUGCCGGCAUGUUCGCUUUAGGUGAACAAUUGCCUUCAGCUCCAGCUGCUCGCCUUCUCCUUUUGCUUGGAUGGGUAUUCAUCAUCUUUGGUGUGAUUCUACUGGUGAGUUCAAGAAGAUUGAUACAGCACCUUCCACGCCCCCUUCGUCGUCUUGUACGCAGCAGCACAGAGAGGAGUAACAACCUCAGACGUUCAAGUUCACUGCGAACAAGAGAGUCAAAUCCUAGUGCUGUCAUCCAGGCAACUACACUAAAUCAUCUGUUAACAACUACUACUGCAAAGGAGAAGGCCUGAAAAAAGAAGAGAAUGAAUUGCAACAAAGGUACAGUAAAUCUCAAUGUAUUUUGGUUAUGACUUAAGGUUGCCAACUUACCAAUAGUGGAUCGUGAACAAGUAGAUACCUGAUUCGAUGCAAUCUUUCAAAAGAAACAGAUUAAAAACGAAGGCCGAUUGAUUUUGUUGAGCGUGUACAGCAUUAUCACACCUAAUAGAUGAUUCAUUUGUGAUCAUGAAAAAUUUCUCUUUGUUUUUGAUUUUCUUUAGCACUGAUUUGGUACUACAUGUUUAGAUAUACUGUAUAAGAAACCAGAGAAAUUUGAGCCUACACAAUAUGGUAUAGAUCUGCUGUUUUUACUUCUAUCCA